GUGGAAAAGAGGAUGUUUGUUUUAUACAUUUUUGCAAUAUUACUUGAAACUGUCUUUACUAAUUGAUAAAAGACUAUUUAUUAGGUGCACUGAAAGUAAUAAUAUUCAUAUACGUCAUCUGUGCACAAGAUAGGGCCUUAAAAACAUCAGCCAAUCGCUGAUGCGGUCAUCGCAUGAACGAUUGGCCCUCUGGCUUGUCAAUCACUGCCAUUACGUACCUUGUGACAGACGUGCGCGUUCCAGUAACUUUCCACAGAUGGCGCAUGCGCAUGAAACUUCGUCGUUUGUUUUCAUUGUCGCGGCUUCUUUCCUCCUCGAAUUUGCACAAUGGAAGAGAAAAAACCCGAUGGAGGACGCAAAAAAAGUUUUUUUGAACUCGCUGAGAAGAGGAGAAAAAUGACAGAAGAACGUAAUAAAACCAGAAUUGUUCUUGGAGAAACUUUUCAACGAUGGAGAGCAAUAAAGGAACAGAGAGGUGUCAAGACAGACGCGCAGUUUGCAAAUAUUCUUCUCGACAGUUAUGAUACUGUUACUUCAACUCCGCUUACACACCAUUGGGUGAGACCCCAGCCUCCAGCUGUGUCCACUAUUUUGCCGGAGUCACUCGCAGAUCGAGAUGCUGAUUUCUCUAUGGGAGGAAUUGAGAAGUUGGGCAGCAGCAGCAGCAGUGGUAGUGAAGCUAAAGCUUCAGCUCAGCAGGUUGAACCAAGGUGUGAAACAGACGUACAUCUGGAUGACACUGAUGUAGAUGCUUUUAAUAGCCUUCACAAUUCAACGAUUGACUGGGAUGAUAAGACCUGGACAACUGAUAUGGAAAACCAGUCAUUGUCUUCCUCAGAGGAAGAUGAAACAAAGGAAUUUGAUUCAGACUCGGAUGAUAGCCAGGAUCAGGACUAUGUUACUCCCAUCCGUGUGCGUACUGGUGGUGCGCUGAAAACUGGCAUUCGUUUACAAAACUAUCCAGUUAUCAGUAUGGAGGAGUCUGUGCAUGAUGACCCUGAUGUUGAAAGACAAGAUGCAGCUAUUCCUCCAAAUGCAGCUAUGGCCCUUACUGAGGAUGAUGUCAUAGGACAACCUGCUUCAAUUGUGUACCAUGACGUCUUGAAACAGCUUCUGGACUACCUUGUACUGCCCAUUGAAAGAUGCUCAUUUAAAGAACCCACAUCAGGCACACAAUGCAAUGCUGCUAAACCCUUUGAAGUCUCUUUAAAAUCCAGAGGCACCGGAGUCAUUUUUGAAUGGAUCUGUCCAAAGGGUCACAUUGUGUGGAAGUGGAGUUCCCAGCGCUACUUCAAAUUUGGAAUGCUGGUCGGGGACUUUAUGUUGGGUGUCAAUAUCCUACUGUCAGGGAAUAACUUCAAGAAAACAGCGCUUCUCUUCAAAUUCAUGAAUAUGGGGAUUAUUGAUCCUGCAACAUUCUACAAAAUUCAAGACGGGUUCUGUGUUGACAACAUACGAGAAUUUUGGAAUCAGGAGAGGGAUAAAGUCAUCAGCCAGCUGAAAACAAAGGAUUCUGUUGUGCUGCUUGGGGACGCUCGGAUGGACAGCCCAGGAUUUUGUGCUCAAUACUGCACAUAUACCACAAUGGAAAAUGACUCAAAAAGAAUAGUCUCCAUUGUCAACAUUGAUAAGCGUCAAACUCAACUCAACUCUGUCAUUAUGGAGAAGGCGGCUUUCAUUCAAACCCUGGACAGUGUCACUACAGAGUUAAGUAAUGUGACUGAAGUCUGCACUGAUGCGAGUUCACAAAUAUCAGCGCUGUUUCGAAAAGGAAAAUAUAAAGACUGUGGUAUUAAACACACUCUGGACAUCUGGCAUGGGGCUAAGAACCUAAGCAAACGGAUUGUGGCGGCAGGACAGCAAAAGGAUUGUGCCUUACUUCUGAGUUGGAACAAGGACAUCAGCAACCACUUCUGGUACUGUUGCAAGGAAGCUGAUUCAUAUGAGAAGUUUAUGGACCUAUGGACUGGACUUCUACAACAUGUGACAGGUGUGCAUCAGUGGUUCCUUGGUGCUUGCAGUCAUGGUCCUUUGGAGGCCGACAGGAAUAAAGCAUGGAUCCCCAAGGGCUCUGUCGCACAUCAGAAACUGCGCCAAAUUGUUCUGGAUGCACGCUGGCUAAAGAACCUGACUCAGUAUCUGGCAUUCAGAUCGACCUCAGAACUGGAGUCAUUUCACAAUCACAUACUUAUGUAUGCUAGUAAGCGCUUCAGCUUCUCCCCACCGGUUUAUGAAGCACGAACAUUGUUGGCAGGCCUAGACUACAAUCACCAUCUCAACAGACCCAAAAAGACACGUGCAGAUGGCACAUUACAGUGUACAAGACUUUACAACAAAAGAUCAAAGACUUGGAGAAUGUACGUGCUAAAGGUCAAUAAGGACUACAGCUACAUCCAAGAUCUACAGGGUGUCAUUUUGCGUUCAAGACUGUUGGCACCUCGAGGGAUGGCAGAGAGCCAUCCUUACAGACCCGACGAUCCACGUAGGCUUGGGCUUCUCUCGGGUGGCACAGCACCAUCAAUACAGGAGCUUAUGCAACAGCAAGUGAGCAGAGGGCUAGGCCAAUCAUCCCAGUAGACCUGUGCCAAGGCUCAGCCCUUCACCCUUUCUUUUGUUUUCAAUGGAGUUGUGUUAAAAAUGUAUAAAAUAUGUAAAUAUGUUAAUUUGAUCAUUAAAAUGGGACAUUGCAAUAUUAUAAACAAAUGUCUUUUAUUCUACUUAGGUGUACAUAAAUCUACCUACAUUGAACAUGUUGUGCUUAUCACAGUCUGCUACUUUGCUAACAAUACUACAGAACGUUCUCAAAAUACUCAUUACACAUA